AUGACCCGGUCUGCACGAAGCGCUCCUCCUGGGGACCCGAGCUCCUUUCUGCUGGCGCUGCAGACCCGGGAGGCGGCCACGCGGAUCCUCAGCGCUCGCGUCCAGGGUUUGGGGACACCGGGAACCUUCUUCUCACUUCGGGGGGGUCCUUCGGACGCUUUCCAUCUCACCCGCGCUCCCCGUGCUCCUCCAUCCGGCUCCGAGGGGCCUCCGCCCGGGUCUCCAUCCCUCCAUCAAAACACGUGCAGCAGCCUCCAACUUCCCAAAUCACGGGUCCCGGCGCGCCCCGGUCCCCUCUCCCUCUCCGCCUUCGGAAAGGUGGGGGGAGGGCGGUUCCUGGAAAGGUCCAGGCGCUGGGCUCUGCGCUCCUCCCCUGGAAUAGACGAUGCGGGGGGGGCGGGGGCGGGGGCCGCGGAACUGCUGGGACCUUCCUCUCUCCAGCCCCGCGAAGUCUUGGUCCACUUUGCUUUUGCGCCGCAGCCACGGAGGAAAGAGAAACGCGGGGACCGGUCUUGGGGGACGCUGGCGGUGCGCGCGCUCUCCCUGCCAAAAAAAACGAAACAAAACCGGGAUCUUUACCUCUUCGCACCUCUGAGCGGACGCCAAAAAGAAGCCCAAUUGCCGGCCUUGGGGAGGGUGGGGGAGACACCGCCGUCCCUGUCUUCCCGGAGUCCUCCCCGCGCAGAUUCCUCCCCGCCGGACUCAGCCCUGGAAGAGCUCACGGCCUUUGUAUCCAAAUCUUUCGACCAGAAGAGCAAGGACAGGAACGCGGGAGGCGGAGGAGGCGGCCGCUGCGGCGGGAAAAAGAAUUGCAUCACCUACCGCGAAGUUUUGGAGACCGGACUGCGCUCGCGGGAGCUGGGGACGUCGGAUUCCAGCCUCACGGAGGGCACCGGCCACUGCACCGUGCAUUUGUUCAAGGAGCACGUAGACAACGAGAAGGAGAAGCUCAAGGAAUUUGGCACCGCGCGCGUGGUGGAUGGGAUUUACGAAUGCAAAGACAAACGCGACGACGUGAAGUUGGAGGACGAGGACCCGCAGGCCAAGCUGAAGCAGAGGCGCAGCCGCACCAACUUCACGCUGGAGCAGCUCAAUGAGCUGGAGCGGCUGUUCGACGAGACGAACUAUCUCGACGCCUUCAUGAGCUAGGAGCUCAGCCAGCGCCUGGGGCUCUGGGAGGCGCGCGUGCAGGUGUGGUUCCAGAAUAGAAGAGCCAAGUGCAGGAAACAGGAGAAUCAGAUGCAUAAAGGUGGUGGCACCACCAACCACCUAGACGGCUGCCGAGUGGCACCCUACGUGAAUAUGGGAGCUUUGCGGAUGCCUUUCCAACAGGUCCAGGCUCAGCUGCAGCUGGAAGGCGUGGCCCACGCGCACCAGCACCUGCACCCGCACCUGGCGGCGCACCCGCCCUACCUGAUCUUCCCCCCGCCGCUGUUCGGGCUGCCCAUCGCGUCGCUGGCCGAGUCCGCCUCGGCCGCCGCCGUGGUCGCCGCGGCCGCGAAGAGCAACAGCAAAAACUCCAGCAUCGCCAACCUCCGGCUCGAGGCGUGCAAGGCCGCGGAGGCCCUGGGGCUCUGA